CCGUGCGGCAUUUGUUGGACUUUGCACCGUAGCGUAUAACACGCGGUGUUGAUCAGCCAAAUACUCAUAGUAAGGCGACGGCUGAUAAAGGUGGCACGAGUCGCGGGGCAUCGUGUAUAACGAAGCGACGCGGGCCGUGUCAAAUAUGCUUUGCUCACAAAAAAUAUUUAAAAAAACUUGCAUUCAUGACGAAAUAAUGAAGUAAAUGGUGAAGAAUAUGAAUCUAGUAAAAGUCAAUCUGAUGUUGACAAUAUUCUGAAAAGAGAAAAAGCAUUAAUGAAGCGUUUUCUAAUUGCUAAAUUAGAUAAAUUUAAUAAAAUAAUUAAUCAAGAAUCAAAAAAAGUUAAAAAAUUGAAAAAAACAGUUCUAAAACAUAAACUCGUUAAUAAUGAAUUAACAAAACAGAAUUUAGAUUACCAACAUACUCUAAAAAUACAACAAGAUCAAAUAUCAAAAAUUGAAGAAACAAUCAAAGAAAAGGUUAAUAGUGUUUUAGAAAGUGAUUUUCAAUGUUCAAUUUGUAAUGAAUUAAUGGUUAAGGCGUGUACAAUUAAUUGCAGCCAUACAUUUUGUGAAAUUUGUUUAAAUACUUGGUUGAGAGAAAGUAAUGUGUGUCCUCUUUGUCGAACUUCAGUUCAAACCACAACUCUUUGUCUAUCUAUGGAUAACUUUAUUACUAAUAUUUGUAAUCUUCUUGGGAAUGCAAUAAAAGAACAUCGGGAAAAAGUACAACAAGAAAAAUUGACAGUUAAUGUCUCACGAGUAGAGUAUCCACAACGAAUGGCUAGGAGAGGUCGUAGAAGGUUGGGUAUACGUCGAAUUAUAUAACCUGCACAUGUUCAAUGAGAAAUAGUGCAAAGAAUUCAUGAAGUAAA